UGUUCGCCUUCGCAGGACUACGAUUACUUCUACGAUUACGCAGACUUUACCGUCAAGCCGGGCAACAAGCCCACCACGACGAGUCCCGCGACGACGAGCACGGAGAAGAACGAUAUCACGCAGGUACCCGAGCAGCUGCCGUCGCAAAAUUCGUCCGUCCCGGCGUCUGUCGCUAACACAAGCCCGGCCGCGGCGACGGGCGAUACGACGCUGUCCCAGGGCGAGGGCAUCCCGAGCGCUGAUCCGUCGAACGGCACCGCGAGCGAUACGACGCUGUCCCAGGGCGAGGGCAUCCCGAGCGCUGAUCCGUCGAACGGCACCGCGAGCGAUACGACGCCGAAUGCGGAUAACGACGACGACGACAAGAGUCAGCCGGGCGAAGAGGAGGACGGAGCCGGGUCAGCUUCCUCGACCACGGUGAAACCCGUGCACGCCCUGCGCUCGCAAAAGCGCUGCAGAUCUGGAUACGUUCCGACCGGCGACGGCCGCUGUCGACGAGCGAGUCGACCGUGGCUGCUGAGUCGCCUGUUGCCGUGA